CGCUUGGAGGGAUCCGCGGGACCCAGGCCCUAGCGCGCGCCGUUCUCUGUGAGCUCACUGCACCGUCCCUAGUUGCCAUGGCGCCGCGCCUCCCGCCGCUGGGCGCGCCCCGGCUGAGGGCACAGAGCCUGGCCGCGGGCACGCGGGGCGGUCAGAGCAGAGCGAUGGGGGCGUCACGGGCCGGAACACGGACUUCGCCUCGAUCGCAGCAGCCUGAGUCCAGCGCGCGGCCGCGACGCGUUUUCCACAACACGCUGCUCUUCUACUGGAGGAAGCGGGAGCGCCGCCACGGACGACGCAAGCCGGGCUCGGGACGCGGAUCGAGGCCCAGCGACGCGGCCAGGACCCGGGCUUCUGGCCCUUCGCCCACGCCGACCCGGACCCAAGCCUCCGGCUCUACAGCCUCUCGAACGCGGUCCUCGGCCCACAGCCCUACCUCCCUGCCGGACCCCGCCCCGGUCCCGGGCCCCGCCCCCGCCCCCAGCUCCAGCCCCAGCCCCAGCCCCAGCCCCAGCUCGAGCCCGUCCUCCCAGCCCGCGGCCGAACCCGAGCCUGCGCCCGCGGCGCGCGCGUCCGGGUCCUGUGGCCGCGCCCUGGCGGCGGCGCGCGCGCUGGCCUGGCGGCCGUCUUGGAGGCCCAUCUGGAGGCCGAGCUGGCCCGGCAGGCAUUGCGCGGGCAAUAUGGCGGCGCCCGGCGAGCGGGGGCGCUUCUACGGCGGGAACCUCUUCUCGUUUCUGCCCGGCGGCGCGCGCUCCGAGGUGAUGGACGACCUAGUGACGGACGCGCGCGGCCGGGGCGCGGGGCGGAGAGAUGCCGCUGCCUCGGCCCCGACGCCAGCCCCGGCGCCGACCUCCGAUUCUCAGGUCGCCGACGAGGACACGUCCCGGAGGCGGCCCUGCCGGGCCUGCGUGGACUUCAAGACGUGGAUGCGGACGCAGCAGAAGCGGGACAGCAAGUUUAGGGAAGAUUGCCCACCCGAUCGCGAGGAACUGGGCCGCCACAGCUGGGCUGUCCUCCACACCCUGGCCGCCUACUACCCCGAUCUGCCGACCCCAGAACAGCAGAAAGACAUGGCUCAGUUCAUACAUUUAUUUUCCAAGUUUUACCCGUGUGAGGAGUGUGCCGAAGACAUAAGGAAGAGGAUAUGCAGGAACCAGCCAGACACGCGCACCCGGGCGUGCUUCACCCAGUGGCUGUGCCGCCUGCACAAUGAAGUGAACCGCAAGCUAGGCAAGCCGGACUUUGACUGCUCGCAAGUGGACGAGCGCUGGCGUGACGGCUGGAAGGAUGGGUCCUGCGACUAGACGGUGGCCGGCAGAGCCGUGGGACAGCAGCCUGGGCCUGCGGGCAGCCUGGCUAGAGAGGGGCGGGGCACUCAUUAAAGUGCAUCGGAGCCACA